UAGGUGUGCAGAAUCGGUGCGAAGGCAUCACAAGGUGCUUGUGGUGACUGUGACGUUAUAGGUUUAGCGGUGACCAAGGUUGUCAAACGUUCAAUCUUGUUUAAUUUGCUAAGGGACGAAUAUUUCAUUUGGAUUACAUUUAUCACCAUUUAGGAACUGUCCCAUCCCACUGGCUUAAACUUCGAGAGACACAGGCCAGCAUGAUGGAGCAGGACAGACCGCAGGAGAGGAGCUCAGAUCAGGUAGAGGAGAUGACAGAGGGGACCUUCCUCAAAGAUCUCUACCUCUUUAUGAAACAGAGAGACAUUCCCAUAGAGAGAAUACCUCAUCUAGGCUUCAAACAGAUUGAUUUGUUCCUGAUGUACAAGACAGUUAAAGAAAUGGGAGGCUAUCAACAGGUUACUGCGCAGCAGUUGUGGAAGAAGGUUUACAACAUUCUUGGCGGAAAUCCGCGCAGCACCAGUGCAGCCACCUGCACUCGCAGGCACUAUGAAAAACUUCUCCUUACUUAUGAGUGUCACCAAAAUGGAUAUGGGGACGAUAUUGUCUUCAGGACCCCUCGAAUGCAAAAACGCUUUCACUCCAACAGUUACAAUGAUUUUGAGCACGAAUACCCCAGGAGUGGGAAACUGGUGGAUUUGUGUCACAUCCCAGCAUUCCAGACUUCUCCAAACAUGUUUACGGACCAUCAAAGACAGAUUUUUACCAUGCCAUUAAACGUUACUCCAUACUUCACACACGGCAGUACAUCUCUACCCAAUUACAUCCCGCUUCGUAAGUCCACACUGCCCCACCAGGGCCUCAACCCACAAGAUCUUCCCAGAACACCUGCCCCGUAUUUGGCUGCACCCACUGAACAGAUUCAGAGCUCUAAAGAACCACUAGACAGGCUUCGUUCUCUGGCCAAAGAGUACAAGUCAUCAGCAGGUUGGGAGGAGCCUCUUAACCUCAGCCAGAAAGAAAACCGGCUUGAGACCUUGAGCGACAUUCCAUCAUCUUUUGGUCCACCUUCUUCUAAAAAGCCCAAGUUCCUCAAUGAAGCCUCACCUCUUUACCCCCCAAGGGGUUUAACCACUGAAGAAGGGGCAGAAGAAGUUAAAACAGUGGAAGGAACUUCUACGAGAGAAGGUCCAGGGACUGUCCAAGCAGCACCAAGCCCGGUGUUGGCUGAUGUCAUUGAUCUUACUUACACUUCAAGUUCCAAUCCAGUCCCACGUAGGGCAAGUCCUCCUUCGGUUCAUCUCUUCAACCGUAGACUGAACCUCCCGGAAGCAUUCACUAUGAAACAACGAGAGCAAGACCUACAUGCAGACUGGCUAAAGCAAGAGCCUUCUAGUACAUCCACACCCAACUUAGGGCUCUUAAACCAAAGUAAUCCCCAUGGACACCCAUCCCUAGAUCCAAAUGGGAAUAUGGAGAUUCAGAUCCCUCUAAAGUAUUUACAGGAAUUGAUUAGGAGAGGACUUAUCUCCAGUCCAGCACUGACUGGACAUUGGUCAGUAUCUCAAGACUCAACCAAAGCUGAAGCCCCACCUGAGCCCAAGUUUCAUGUGAGAACAUGUUCAGAAACCUCUGAAAGUUCUACUAAGGGUGAGGGAAUGGCCAAUUGGAACCUGAAGAGCCCAGUGAGAAACCUUUUUGAUGCAAGCCAGCAAGAUGGAGGUUUGAAGAAAUACCGAUCAUUUAGAAGCAAUGGUCUCACAGAAGAAUCAAAGGCACAGAGCAUGACCAAUUCUUUUCAAAUAAACGGCACGGUUAAGCGCCCCUUUGACAGAGAUAUGACCCCAAAUCCCACUCACCUUAAACAGGUACAAUUUCCCAUGACAAGGAAACAAGUAUGCUUGAGCCUCAAAUCUCCCACCUACAGUGAAGAUAUUCCGCACUCUUUGACCAUGAAAUCUGGAAUAAAGUCAGAGAAAGUGAUGGCAACAUCUUCCAAUGCGGCAAAGCAAAUGUCUUCCUCCCCACCUUUGCUACAGGUGACAUCCGACCACCUUAAGUUACUUCUGGCAAGCCGUCCCUAUAGACUGGAAAAAGGGCAGACAUUUUGAUAUUCAGUACAUUUGUACAUUAUGAGACUGUUCUACCCCCUACUCAAUGUCUUAAUCUUGCCAAAUACACCUCUUUUGGUUACAUCACGAAUUCGUGAAAAGAUCAGAAGAGUAAGAAGAGCAAUGCUGAGGCUAGACAUUUUUGAAAAGUAAGCUUUUAAAGCCAACCUGGUCUAAUAGAAUCACGUUACUGUACUUACAUUUUUGCAAAAUGAUUUUUACAUGGCUUGUUGUAGGCCUACGUAUAACAGCAGUUUCUUGGUGAAAAGAACACUAGAGGUGCUGCAACAACAAUGACUUAUGUUCCCUUUCACACAAAUCACACAAAGACAGAUUAUCAUUUCAUAAACUCUCACUUUUCGGUAUGUUCCUCACACAAUGCUAUCUUAUGACACCUAAAAACGUUUACUAUAGUGCAUGACUUGUAAGGCGAUGCAUUUUAACAAUUGCAUUACAAUUGCAAUAAGCUUCUUUGAGCGGGAUCAAAUUGCACGGUAUCUCAACUGAAGGAGCAUUGCACUUGCGAUGCAAAGGACCGGAAUAUGAAGAGCACGCAAGUCUACACAUGAACCAAAAAUGUCAUAGAACCACUGAUGUUGCUGCUUCAGCAAUUGCGCUUUUCAUCUAACAUUUGCUUUAUAUGACUCUAUUAGGUAGCUUUAGGAUUAAGGUUUAAGGUAGGGCGGUAAGAUUUGUUAACUCGCUUUUAGCACCACACAGUAGAUAUUUCAUCUUGGAGCUGCCGCGAUAUGGGUAUGGGACCAUUUAAUAUAAUUUUGCAAAAACGGCACCACAGUCAUGUAAUUUUCACUAGACCAGGCUGAUUAAAGCACUGUCCACUCUCACUCAAGUCACAGAAUUAGAUGUGACAGACUAUUUUUCAUUGAUUUGUAUAAUAUUAUAUAUAUACUGUAGGCCUGAAAAUACUUUUUUUCAUCUUUCAUUCUCUCUUUCUGUUUCUUUUUAAAAUUGAAGUACCAACAGUGCUUUAGGUGAUUUUAUAUGUUGUUCAGUGAAUAUUUACAUUAAUAAAUGUCAAACCUUGAUAAUGUUUUAAGCAGUGGUGAACAUCUACCUCUGUGUUCUGAGGGGCCUCUUGUCCCUUCACAGCUGAGGGCCCAAUAGCUCUUUCCACAUUUGUGUGUUAUUUCCUAUUGUUACAGCUGUUGAUGACUUUUUGUUUUUAUGCUUUUUGCAACUAUGUUGGAAAUGUUUAAAUUCGCAAUUGUGAAUUCUUUAGCAAGACAGCCGAAAGAAGUAAUUUUAUGAAGAAGCACUGAUCCUUUGACAGCAAAGUUUGAACCUUUUUAUAAUUAUUUGUAUUCAAAUGUAAACAUAAAAUUUGUAUAUAAAGUUGAUAUUGUGUUCUUGAAAUAUUAUUUUACAAUUCUUCCUAUUUUUUAACGAUAACAACAUUUGUACACAAUUGCUUCAACCUCUCCUUCAAACAAUAAAGUUCAAAUAUAAGUUUUUGUUAAAAUAAUGUUAAAAUAGAUAAAUGUCAAAAUUGUUUUUUUACAACUGCAAUAUAAUGUGCAAAAUGUAAUCCUAA